UUUUUUUCUUUACUUCUAAUGUAAUAAAAGUGGAGUUACAUAACUUCUAGUGAGUUCUUAUCAAACACUAUCAACAUGAUCUGGGAGUUUGUUGCUAUUCGACAGACUCUGUUUACGUUGUUUUGCAUUGUGCGAGUAAGAGCUUUAUAUAAGUGGGAAGAGGUGUCAGAUCCUCCUAUCAUACAGCUGAACGAUGAGUGGGACAACCCAGCUCUGUACUACACACACUGCCUUCCAUAUUGGACGUCUGGCAUAGUAAUACGGUACAUUACCUGAGGGAGCCUAGAGCAGUGCUGAAUCUGUUUAAGAACAGGUGCUUCUCGUUUGAAGAGUCCUGGGAUCCUGACUCUGGCCAUCCCAGGAAUCCUUUCAUCAACAUUGAAGGAAACUCCAAUGCGAUCCGAGACCACAUAGCCAGGGAAGUGGCAGAAGAACUGAAGGGAGAGUUGUUGGUGAACCCUCCAACUUGCUUGGUUCCCCUCAAGUACCUCUAUGGGAACACCAGCCACAUCCUUCACGGUCCUUACAUUUCCCUGGGAAUGUAUGCCUCUAGCCAUGCAGUCAAGGUGCACUGGGGACUCAGACCUGUCAUCAUGACUGGUUACUGGAAUGACGUAACGGCAGCAACCCUUGCGGACAUUUUCAUCAAUACGACAAUUCCACGGAGCAAGUCCUGCCUGUACGAGUUCCCCAAGGACCUUCUUCGGCCGGAUCUAACUGUGUUUAUAAACACUCACAACCAUGCUCCGGACAGCCGCGAGGAGACUCGGCUCCCAGUCUGGAGGUCCAGAUUCACAGAAAGCUUCCUGAGAUUCCGCAAGGUGAAACUGCGAGAAGUGAAGUGGUUCGGAGCUGACAACGUGACUGCAACUAUUCUGCACCUCAUCCAACAUGAACUGGGUGAAAAAUUUGAUCUCUCAAUAAACUGAAUUAUUAUUCUGCA